GUAUAACAAAACCGCAAAAUAAUUUCUGUUGUAUGCGUUGUGUUGUUGACUGCAGCAAAUUGAAACAAUUUAUAAAUAAUCAAGCCAAAGCAUCUGAUUAACAAACAAAUACUUUUAAUCAAAACGUUCAUUGUGCAAGAAAACAUUUCAAAAUGAUGAAUGAGGCUGCUGCACUGGCCAAUAUGAUACCCUACGACACAAUUGGACUCUACGAACAGCCCAAGCCCCGUUUCAUCUUUAAGAUGCCACGGGUGGUGCCCGACCAGAAGUCUAAGUUCGAAAGUGAUGAACUCUUUCGGCGUCUGAGUCGCGAGAGCGAAAUCCGUUAUACAGGCUAUCGGGAGCGCAGUAUUGAGGAGCGUCAGGUGCGCUUCAUGAACGGUUGCCGCGAGGGACACACCGAGAUAAGUUUCGUAGCAUCUGGCACCAAUUUGCAGCUGGUGUUCAAUGCCAAUCAGAACCCCUACCUGCACGACAAGGAGUGCGACUUUGACAAGGAACACGGCAAGGUGCACAUCAAAUCCUAUUUCAUAAUGAACGGUGUCUGUGUACGGUUCCGCGGCUGGCUGGAUCUGGAGCGUCUCGAUGGUGUUGGCUGCCUGGAGUAUGACGAACGACGUGCGAUGCACGAGGAUGCGAUAUUGCGUGACCAAAUUGAUCGCUACAAUCAACGGCUUCGUGAAUUCGAAGAUACUAAGCGCGCCUAUCGCGACAAUCGCCAGGAUGAGAUGGAGGCAGUACGUCGGGGCGUUGCCUCCGGCGGCAUUGGAGUAGGGGCCAGUAUGUGGCGCCGUUAGUUGGACUUUUGGACGGCAACAACGCCGUCACAGCAGCAGCAGCUGCAGCAGCAAUCACAGCAGUUGCCGUUGCAGCAGCAGCAGCAACAGCAGAAUGAGACUCAAUACCCAAAUACUCAAUACUUUAUGGAAAACUGAACAGAUGAACAAAUGCUCUAAUCCAAACUUGCCACCAAAUGCGAGAUUUGAAUACGAAUACGGAUACGGACACGGACACGGAUUCGCUUACGUUUAGAUUCGCUCGAAUAAAAUGCUCGUAGACUUAGUUUUAGCUUUUAGUAAACUACUUAACGUAUUCUUGUAUGGUAUUAAAGAUAACAUAUUAAUGUA